AUGGAGACGACAUCGCUGCUGAACGCGCUAGGCUCCUCCUGGACAUUCGCCUUCCUGAGUACCACAAGAUGGCGCUGGCUUCGAUACGCAGCUCUGUGCAAUGAAAGGUGGGACAGACUUAGACGUUUGGUUGCAUAUCUUCACCAUCUUAUGAGGGUAGGAGGAGGAAGCCGGUACAGAUCAAGAAGGUGGUCACGUACCAUGGGGCAGUACAACAUGCUGCAUUUUUGCACUCGCUUGGACACCGACAUUGGAUUAUGCACAAGGCCUCUGCUCGGCAAGUUUGCCAAGAUGGUGGGAUUGGGACUCAACGAGUGGUGGAACAGGGAGCACUACUCAUGGGCCAUUGAGAUGCCCAACCAUGUCAAGGAUUGCAUCUCUAAACACAUGACAAAAAUGUACAUGGAAGGGGGUGUGAACUCGUUAGGCAUGCUCAGGAACAGGUGGGGCGAGGAGCCGCUGGUUCGCGAGGAUCUAUUCCAUGGCAUACUCAAAGACUCGCUCGGUGUGGAGUUCCAGGAGUGCAUCAUCAUCUGGCACAUCGGCAGCGAUGUUUUCCUCGCUAAGAGCCAGCGGGCCAAGGACGACGAUGCAUCGCUCGAUGUCCAGGCGAUCAAGGUGAUAUCCAACUACAUGAUGUUCCUCCUUGUGGAACAACCCGACAUGCUGCCAGGCCUCUCCCAGAACAGGUUGUAUCAACGAACCUGUGAAAAUCUUGUGAAAACUAGACGGUCGACGACUUCUAGGCGCCAACGCAUGAACCUCUGUGCUAAGCUCAAGAAUCUAUUUUGCCUGCACGACGACCCCAGUUCUAGUUCCAGGGUCGCCGACAGAGAGGAGCUUGCGAAAAUCCUAUGCGAUGAGUAUGCGACCAAAGGCUUCAGCCAUGACGCUCCUCGACUCCCCUAUGUAGCUAAACUUGCCAAGCACCUGCUAACGAUGGAGGAAGAUGGCACGGUCGAUUCGGUGAAACUUGUCCUUGAUGUGUGGACGGACAUUCUUGUUUAUGCAAGCAACAAAUGCAGCAGGAAGGCUCAUGCCGAGAAGCUCAACGGUGGCGGCGAGUUGACAACCAUCCUCUGGCUUAUGGCCGAACACUUCUACCAACUUUAUUUGGAGGGCCUUAUCCAGAAGGAGAAAAAUAACUUACCUGUAGAAGGCACUAAUCAGGUAUCUGAAAAGGCACCUGACGUUUAG